GUUCAUGAGCUACCAAAUAGUACAAGUACCACCAACUACAGCCUACAGCUACAGGGCUAGAGGGCUACACCUACAGAUACAAGGACUCCAAGGAGGAAAGAUAUGUAGCUAGAAUUUUCUUCUGGAGGGGAAGAGCAGAUUUUGACAACAUGUACGAUGAUGGGGGAGCUUUUUGGACCGACAACGCAUAAACUGAUGAAUUGGAGAAUAAAGAGUGGUGGUCCACUACUUGACUUUACAGGUUGAUGAAAGAGAGGAACUUAGUAAGAAUCAAAAGAAAAUAAAAAUAUCGAGCAAAAGGCAAAAGCUUUCCACGGAGCAAUCAGAAUAUCUUUUUAAGUUACUGGUUGCACAAGAAGAAAAACAAAAUGGGCAGCAGAAUAUAAAUAGCCAAUGGCCCUCUCGAAUUGGAUCACCAAACCAACUCGAUCUUCUCAAUAUCCAAUACAACUAGUUAUUUGGAUACUUUGUGUUUGAGUUCGAGUUUGAGCUUCGUGUAUAUAUAUAUAUAUAUUUACUCGUCAAACGAUAAAAAGAAAGAAAGGAAGAAAAUGCCUAGGGACAGGGACCCGCUUGUUGUUGGAAGAGUGGUAGGUGAUGUUUUAGACCCGUUUACAAGGUCUGUUUCUCUCAGGGUCACUUACGGUAUGAAGGAGGUUAACAAUGGUUGCGAGCUCAAACCUUCCCAAGUUGUCCAACAACCUAGAGUUGAUACUGGUGGGGAUGAUCUUAGGACUUUCUACACUCUGGUCAUGGUGGAUCCUGAUGCACCCAGCCCAAGUGACCCCAACCUAAAGGAAUAUUUGCAUUGGUUGGUUACGGAUAUACCAGCAACAACGGCGGCAAGCUUUGGGCAAGAGAUUGUGUGUUAUGAAAGCCCACGGCCAACGGUGGGGAUUCAUCGCUUUGUUUUGGUGUUAUUUCGGCAAUUGGGUAGGCAAACAGUGUAUGCUCCGGGGUGGCGCCAAAACUUUAAUACUAGAGACUUUGCGGAGCUUUACAAUCUUGGAUUACCGGUAUCUGCCGUCUAUUUUAACUGCCAAAGGGAGAGCGGCUCUGGAGGAAGGAGAAGAUAAUUAAGUUUGAUAUUAUUAAGCAGGUUAUACUUGUAAUAUUAUUGAGGAAGCUAGUUAAUCUAUAUAUAUAUAUAACGUGGAAACUAAUAGUAAUAAUAAUUUAGCUAGCUAGUGGUAAUCAAUCUCCUACUAGCUAGCUAGUCCAUGCCAUGGCACUAAGGCACUAGGGCACCAGGGCACCAGGGCACCAGGGCACCAGGGCACAGCAUGUUGUAUGCUCGUUUGAGACUACAUCCGUACGUCUCCACUUUCAAAUUAACAAGACUAGCUAUAUAUAUAAUAAUAAUUAAGUAAAUGUCAAAGUUCUCUUCUUCGGUCUAAGGGGAUGUCGACUCCAUAUAAAUACAAAAGUGUCGAUCAAAUAUUCAUAUUAUAUUAUAUUUUCCAUAUUUAUUAUAGA